AACCUCCCUUCCACAUCAUCAACGUCUCGCCACUUUCCAUCCCGCCUCCCCACUCUCCACCCUGUCCUCCUUCCUCCACCCUGUCCUCCUCUAUCCGCCCUAUCCUCCUCUCUCCACCCUGUCCUCCUCUCUCCACCCUAUCCUCUUCUCUCCACCCUACCUCCUCUCUCCACCAUGUCCUCCUCUCUCCACCCUGUCCUGCUCUCGCCACCCUGUCCUCCUCUCUCCACCGUGUCCUCCUCUCUCCACCCUGUCAUCCUCUCUCCACCCUGUCCUCCUCUCUCCACCCUGUCCUCCUCUCUCCACCCUGUCUCCUUGGCUCCUCACAACAUUGCCUCCUCGUAGCGGGCCUCGUCGCAUCGAGUACCCUUUUGCAUGUUCCCCGCUCCUUUCCCUGCUCCCCUUCUCACUGGCAGGACCCAGGUCGGCUUUUGCACUCGACCUUGAGAACCGUGUAUGCCCCCUUCCUCCCCUCUCUCAUCCCUUCCUCCCCUCUCUCGUCCUUUCCUCCCCUCUCUCAUCCUUUCCUCUCCUCUCUCUUCCCUUCCUCCCCUCUCUCAUCCAAUCCCCCCUCUCCCAUCUCUUCCUCCCCUCUCUCACCCCUUCCUCCCCUAUCUCAAAAAAGGGGGGCUGA